GUCAUUCCUCGGCCUCCUCCUUAAAUUAGCGCUCAGUAGGUUUUGGCACCGCUCGCGGUAAUCCGGUUAUUUCUGUACAGAAAACGGCGUUAAAUCGUCCGCCGCAAACGUGAAAGAGAUGCUCGCCACCGUCGGCAAACAGCUCCGGAGCCACCCGGCUCUCAUCCCCCUCUUCAUCUUCAUCGGCGGAGGCGUAGUCAUGUCCAUGUCGUACCUCGCUCGUCUGGCCAUAAGAAACCCUGAUGUCUGCUGGGAUCGCAAGAACAACCCCGAGCCCUGGAACAAACUGGGCCCGACUGACCAGUACAAGUUUUAUGCAGUCGGCAUCGACUACAAGAAGCUGAAGAAGGAAGGGCCCGAUUUCUAAAAAGGAUCACGUCUGCUGGAGCAAGAGCACAAGGAUGAAGCGAUCCGCACAUCUCCCCCAUCUUGAACUUUCUCUGGGAACCUGAGGCUAAAAACCCGCACAAAGAUACAUAUUUCAGUUCUCCAUUGCAUCCCAUUGGAAUUUUCUUGUUUCUCUUUUUUCCCGUGGCUCUCAAUAAAACAAAGGAGUCUUUUCUCCUCCAUACAGAGAAAA